AUGAUGAUUGCCGAUCUUCCACAAGAUUUAGAAUCAAUAAUACUCUCUAGGGUUCCGGCCAAGGCUCAACGCCAAGUUCGAUUCACUUGCAAACGAUGGAACGCGUUAUUCAAAGAUCCUAAAUUCCUCAAGAACAUUGAUAAAGCAAGAACGCAAGUGAUUUUAAAAAUCGAUCUAAAGUUUUAUUCAGGUAUCAUCAAUCUCCACGGAAUCCACAACAGCUUUGAUCAUUCAUCAUUGGAGUUUACAGGUGAACUUCAAAGUCUCAAGGCUUCAAAACAUGUCGAAAUAUUUGAUAUGUUUCACUGCGACGGCUUGUUGCUAUGCACCGCAAACUACGAUAGACUCGUGGUUUGGAACCCUUGUACUGGUCAAAGCAAGCGUAUCGAUCCGAUUAAUCGCAUCAGAGGAUAUUUCACAAAGAAGUAUAUUCUAGGAUACGAAAACAACAAAUCAUCUACCGGUAGCUACAAGAUCGUGUGCUUCAUCCUUGAUUCCGAUAUCUGGAGACAGCACUGUUUUACUAGGGUUGAAAUAUAUGAAUCUAACUCUGGUUCAUGGAGGGUUCUUGAUGACGUAAUUCACCCGUACCGGUUUCUCAAUGUUUCUCGUGGUAUGUUCAAUGCUUCUCGUGGUGUGUCUUUAAAGGGAAACACUUACUGGUUUGAUAUAUAUAAUGAGUACCAUCGGGACAGUUCCAUAGUCAUGUUUGAUUUCACAACAGAGAAACUUGGACGUCUCUCUCUUCCUUUUACGAGACAUAAUUAUGAGACCGUGGUUCUAUCAGUUGUGAGAGAAGAGAAACUUGCGGUGUUGAGGUAUGAUAAUGGUUCAUUGGAGAUGAAGAUAUGGUUGACGACCAACACUAAGAUCGAUGAGGCCAAAGACUUGUCGUGGAGCGAGUUCUUGGUAGUGGAUUUGGGUAAAGUUAUGGUUCAAAGUAUGAAUCGUUCGGUCAGUUUCUUGGUGGUGGACGAGGAGAAUAAAAUGGUCGUCUGUUGUGAUCAUUUUUACAUGUUCAGUGAAGAGCAUACCAGAAUUUAUAUUGUUGGAGAGCAUAUGCAUAAACUAGUUUAUGAAAAAGAGACUACAAAGAGAACACCAGAUUAUUUGCCACUUCUCCUCAGCUAUGUUCCAAGCUUGGCUCACAUUUAG